AUGAAAGCCAUCUUCGCCCAGCACGGUGUGCCUGAGACUCUCGUCACAGACAAUAGGCCGCAGUAUGCAAGUGAUGAGUUCGCCCGGUUUAGCUGUCAAUGGAACUUUGAUCACGUGACGAGCUCUCCGCAUCACCCGCAAAGCAAUGGGGAAGCAGAGCGUGCAGUGCGCACUAUCAAGCAGCUUCUAGCGAAGUCGGACGACUUCCAACUGGCUCUCCUCACCUACCGUAGUACGCCACUUCAGAGCGGGUUCUCGCCAUCACAGUUACUGAUGUGCCGCAGCCUCCGUGGUACGCUACCGGUGGAGCCCUCCACUCUUCUGCCGACGCUCCCUGCAGGUGAGAAGCUGAGGGAGUGGGAGCAACAUCGCCGAGCACAGUCAAAGGACAACUUUGAUAAACGUCACCGGACCAAGCCUCUCCAGCCCCUGCAGCCAGGUGAUAGCGUGUGGAUUGCAGAUCAGCAGAGAGAAGGGACUGUUAAGUCAUCGCUGUCUGAUCGGUCUCUGCUGAUUGCAGUACCCAGCGGCACGAUCCGUCGCAACCGGCAUCAGCUGCGUUUCCUGCCCGCUAGCCCACCGGAGUCUGUUGAGAUUCCCAAUAGUCCUCCAGCACCCGGCCGGCCGCAGCGUGCCCGACAUGCCCCCAGUCGCCUCAUUGAAGAGAUUUGA